AUGGCAGAACUCACAGUGGAGAAUGGCAGCUGUAUGGACUGGCAAAAGCGAUGCCUUGCAUUGGAGUCCCAGCUCUUCAAAUUUCGCUUGCAGGCAAGCAAGAUCCGAGAGCUGUUAGCUGAGAAGAUGCAGGAAUUGGAACAGAGAGUGAUCGAAGCAGAGCAAAGAGCUGAGGAUGCAGAGAAACAGGUCAGAGUUAUGGAAGAGAAGGUAAAACUAGCCAACGUGAAGACCGAUGAAUCAGACAACAGUCUGCACAGGAAAUACCAGGAGUUGAUGGGCACAGUGCAAGGAAAGGAAGAUCUGAUCAACAAAUUGGAGACACAGCUAGCAAAACAGAAACAGUUGAGGACUGAGGAAGCCAAGAUUGUUCAAGAGAAAGCUGCCAAGAUCAAAGAGUGGGUAACAUUUAAGCUGAGAGAGCUUGAGCUAGAAAAUUACCACCUGAAAAACUGUAAUCAGAGGCUGACGGAGCAAAUUGAAGCCCUUCAGGAUACAUUGCAAGAUAUGACCAGCAUUCCUCCCUUUGAAUCUCUUUGGAGCUGUAAUUCUCUGAAGCCCAGAGCAUCACAGGCCUCUCUUGCUGAGAAGAUAGACCAGAAAUCUGUGCUCCUUGCACCUGGUUUCAGACAGGUGUGUCAGACAGGACCUACCAAACGUGUCCUCUCUUCAGCAAACAUAGUCCUUGCCAAUGACACCUUUACUGAGGAUGGAGAGGAUAAAUCUCUGCUUUCCCAGAAAACACUGAAGCUCAUGCCUGACCCAUCAAGCUGGAAUCUUUCCACAGAUAAAGAUAUAUUCCCAGCUGUAAGUUCUGAACACAGGUUAGGGUGCUCUGAUUCCACAUCACUGGACCCUCCAGCUGAGGCCACAAGAAUCCUUGAGGCUUUGACUUUCCAGUCAUCUUUGGAAGGAAACCAUAGCACCAUGAGCACCUUGCAACAAGUGGCUUUGGACAGCACCCGCUUAUCUGAUGAUCUGAGUGCCAAGUUCCGCUCCCACCGGCUGGACUCCUCUUCCUCCGGAGAAAUAAGGAGCAUGCUUGAGGGCUGCCUCCAGACUGCUGAGCCACCACUGGUUGUGUCAACAUCAGCUGUUACAGCACAUUCCUUCUGUCCAGGAAGGGAAUGCAGCCUUGGCAGUAGUAUGACCUUUCCAAAAAUACGAACUCCCAAUACACCAAGAGACAGUAUCCAACUAGCCAAGAGACAUUACAGCCAACCACAGCCAGGGGCUAAUUCUUUCCAUCAUGUAACGAACUUAGAGGCUAACACCUUUCAGCCCAUAACAGACUCUCCAGUCUGUCAUGGGCAAGUGAAGGAGACAGACAUUGAUGAUGAUAGGGUACUGGAGAAGAUGGAGACAGAACAUGGCCUGGUGAGGGAAGAAGCUGGAGCAUGUGAGGAAAUCAGUCACUUAUCUGCGGGGCAAAGAGAAGCUGUGAGUUCUGAGGCUAGCAUACUUGACCCAGGAGGUAAACCUCCCACACCACCGCUGCACAGAUUCCCAUCAUGGGAGAGUCGAAUCUAUGCUGUGGCCAAGUCUGGCAUGAGGUUGUCUGAAGUGGCUGUGGUGAAUGAUACUUCCAGCUGCUUUUCCAAUUUCUCGUGUUCAACUUCUGGACCAUUUACCUGUCUCAUCUACAGAAAUGUCACCGUGCCAGUUUACACUACGCUGAAGGGGAAAGCCACACAGAUCAGCAAUGUGCCUUUCUUAGAUGAGUCUUCAGGCUCUGAUGAUGACUGUGGCUCCCAUGCCAGCUUCAGGACUUCUACUGCUGGAUCCGAGAACAGGAAAGCCAGCAUGCCAGGCAGCCCUCGUGCAGUGAAGAGAGGUGUAUCUAUGUCCUCACUGAGCUCCGAGAGUGACUAUGCCAUCCCUCCUGAUGCCUACUCCUUGGAUGGUGACUAUUCGGAGCCAGAACAUAAGCUACAGCGAACAUCUUGCUAUUCCACUGAUGGUGGAAUGUGUAAUGAGCCCAUGGAGAAAUCGGGUUACUUGCUGAAAAUGGGUAGCCACGUGAAGAUGUGGAAGAGACGAUGGUUUGUUCUAAGAAACAGACAAAUCAUGUACUACAAGUCUCCGAGUGACGUUAUCCGUAAACCACAAGGGCAGAUGGAGCUGAAUUCUUCAUGCCAAAUUGUCAGAGGUGAAGGGUCCCAAACAUUCCAGCUUAUGACAGAAAAGAGAACCUACUUCCUGACAGCAGAUUCUCCCAACAUCCUGGAGGAAUGGAUUCAUGUCCUACAGAGUAUCCUGAGAGUGCAAGUGACCAGUCCUGUUGGUGUUCCUCAUAGUGAUGCUAAACCUACUGUGAAAGGUUGGCUCACCAAGGUCAAGCAUGGUCACUCUAAGCUAGUCUGGUGUGCACUGAUUGGAAAAACUUUCUACUACUAUCGAAAUCAUGAAGAUAAGUGUCCCCUAGGGUAUCUGCCUAUGCGUGAGUCCAAAGUGGAAGAAGUAGAUCGUUCCUGUGACUCUGAUGAAGAUUAUGAAGCCACUAGUGGAGGACUUUUCUCAUCCCACUGUACAUUGGUGAUUCACCCACAGGACCAGAGUCCCACAUACUUACUCAUUCGCACCAAACAGGAGAAGAAUACCUGGCUGUACCAUCUGACCGUAGCAGCUGGUAGCAGUAAUGCCACAGUGGGCACAUCAUAUGAACAACUCAUUGGAAAACUAUUGGAUGCAGAGGGAGACCCUAAUUCUCCUCUAUGGAAACAUCCUAUGUUGUGCUACAGUAAAGAUGGGUUGCACACAUCCCUCACCACGCUGCCAUCAGAGGCUCUGCAGACAGAAGCUCUGAAACUUUUUAAGUCCUGUCAGCUGUUCAUCAAUGUCCCUGUGGAGGCACCCUCUAUUGAUUACCAUGUAUCACUUGCCCAGACAGCACUGCAGGUCUGCUUGACACAUUCUGAGCUGCAGAAUGAAAUUUACUGUCAGCUUGUUAAACAGACCAGCUGCCGACAACCACAGAACCACUCAGUCAUUCAGUGCUGGCAACUCCUCGCUUUGUGUGCUCCUCUCUUCCUGCCUCAACAUCACUUCCUCUGGUACAUCAAACAACACUUGCAGCGCCAUGCAGACCCCAGGAGUGAAAUAGGCAAGUAUGCCAUCUACUGCCAGAGAUCAGUAGACCGCACUGUGCAGACUGGUGAGCGGGAAGCCAAGCCCUCCCGGAUGGAGAUUGUGUCCAUCCUGCUGAGAAAUCCCUACCACCACUCACUCCCCUUCAGCAUCCCAGUGCACUUUAUGAACGGAACCUACCAGGUUGUAGGUUUUGAUGGUUCCUCAACAGUUGAUGAAUUCAUCCAGCGACUGAACCGGGAGACAGGAAUGAGGAAGCCAUCCCACAUGGGAUUUUCUCUGUUCACAGAUGAUCCUUCUGGCAGGAAUUUGGAACACUGUCUGCAGGGCAACAUGAAGAUCUGUGAUGUCAUUUCUAAAUGGGAACAAGCCUUAAAAGAAUUGCAUCCCGGGAAAUAUGAAGGUGGCACAAGAAUUGUGAAGUUGACCUAUAAGAACAGGCUAUAUUUUCGGAGCCAGGCCAAAGGUGAGACAGACCGUGAGCGGUUGCUACUGGCUUUCCAAGUCAGCAAUGAAAUAGCCAAUGGAAGGUUUCCUGUUAAUAAGGAAUUAGCUCUGGAAAUGGUGGCUCUGAUGGCUCAGGUGGAAUAUGGGGAUUUGGAUCGACCAGGAUCUUCAAGUCCUGGGGGAACAUCACAAUCGAAAAUGCAGCAUCUUCUCCACCAGGUUUUAGAUAAAUUCUACCCCAAACGCUACAAGCAAAACAUUACUCCUGAACAGCUCAGGCAACUGGCAGACAGGCUGGCAACGAAGUGGAUGGUGCUGCAGGGAUGCUCUCCACCAGAAUGUGUUCGAAUUUAUUUGACAGUAGCCCGGAAAUGGCCUCUCUUUGGAACCAAAAUAUUUGCUGCUAAGCCUAUUUUGCCUUCUUCAUUGGAAGACUGUCCAGUCUGGAUAGCUGUGAAUGAAGACGGCAUCAGCAUACUGGAUUAUAACACUAUGCACUUGAAGGUCUCCUAUUCGUACUCCUCUGUGCUGACCUUUGGAGGCUGUCGAGAUGACUUCAUGAUUGUAGUCAGUCAAAUGAAAGAACGGAGUUCUGGAAAAAGCAGCACUGAAAAACUCCUUUUCGCAAUGGCAAUUCCAAAGAUUGUUGAAGCAACACUUCUUAUUGCCAGCUAUAUUAACUACCAUGCGACACCUUCGCUCCUGUCUGCUACACAGCCCUCCCGAAGCAAAACACCUGCUAACAAGUUCUGGGAGACUGAAAGUCAGUGCUUUUUUCCUUCCAUGCCCCGAAGCACUAAGGGGCCCACCCUGCUCUGA